AUGGCGACGCGAACAAGUCGGCAGUUGGUGCCCUACGUUCCGGCAGACGUCGUCAUUCACACGCAGGCCAAUCAAAGUCUGACUCACCUGGAACGAGGCGUGAAGCACUUGGGAGCUCUUGUAAGACUUAUGAGACAACUGAUCCCGUUCCAUGAGGCAGUCGACGUGAGUUUAUGGCCGUCCCCUUUCGAUGUUUCAGUCAGUAAGAGGAAGUGGGAGCAGUGGUGCCGUUCUGUCAGGGUGCCGACGCGACUACUCAAAGAAGACGGGAUUGAGAACAACCGGCCAGCGCUAUCUAGACGUGGAGGUGUCGGGCAUCUAACCCAUGAAAGCCGUGGCACUGGCACGGGUGGUGAACUCUUGAUAUCCGAUCUUGAUGAUACUGUGCCUGACGACCAUGACACGGCCAGCACUGCCGUGCUACGGCCAUGCACCGAGCUGGCGAGUCACAACUCCUGCGAUCUCGAUACACAUUUGCAGUUCGAGGUGACGACUCUUAUCCACCAGUAUUCGGAGGACUUUGACCCGCUGCUCGCAUUGUCCAAGAUGAAGAACGGUACUCGAUGGCCUCGGUCUGAAUACUUAGAUGCAGAGAUGAAUUUUUCCUCUAUCGCGGGCAUGCUCAAGGGCUUGGACUUCAGAUAUCAAGCAGACCUGGUUGCACUCCUGCAAGAAGACAAGCCUGACGUCGAUGAGAUCUGUAGACUUUUCUGUAUAUCCCGUUCAGAGUUGAAGGAUUUGGACAAAGUCAUUGAACAAUUCGUCCUGCACGACAACGAGAUCAUCUUGCUUUGGGAAACUAAGAAGAACUGCGCCUCCAACUCAGGCACAUGGAUGCACGCCAUGCUAGAACACCUCUUCAAUGGCUACCAGAUUAUGGCCGGCAAGAUGCAAGGCGAACUGAACGCUGCGGUGAGAAUUGUGAGUCAAAUGGAGAAUGCGGUAGUCUACAGGACGGAGUGGUGUAUAUAUGCACCGGAAGAGGAUGUUGCAGGUUCGAUCGACAUGGUUCUUAAAGACGUCAACAACGACGUGCUUUACCUCCUGGACUGGAAGCGCAGCGAAAAGCUGGAGGAGAAGUAUAACAGUUACGGCAAGACCAUGCAUGCCCCCCUACAAGGAAUCAACGACUCGCAAGGUCACCAUUACAGACUCCAACUUAAUAUCUACAAGUGGAUAUUGGAAAAGUACUACCACGUGAAGGUGGCUGGCAUGAAAGUCGUAUGCAUACAUCCACGGUAUCUACCAGACGGUUUCGUGGAUGAUGAGCCUGCGCCGCAACCACAAAGAGAAGGGCUUGUUGUCCCAGAGACGGAGACCGGUCAGCCAAGUCUCACGCAACCAUUUCAGAUAUUGCCGAACACUCAAGCGUCAAACGGUUAUCGUGUCGAAGAAGAUCUGGAAGCGAUGUUCGAGGACAUGUUCGAAGAUGAAGCGGAUGCUGCCCGCAUGGCGGCAAAGAAGCGUCGUCUUCUACCAGGUGCAGCAGAACACUCCGACAGAUUCAGAUCAACGUUUCAGCGAUCUCAUGACAUUCUGAGAACCACACUGGAUGUUUUAGUAGCCGACAGGAGUGUUCAACCAAACACUAUUCUGCACAGCACGAAGAAGUCGCUGCAGGAACUGAGAAUGGAUUUCCCAAACGUCUCGGACCAGAUCAGGCGACUUGUGCUAGUCGCAGCCCACUUGACCGAAGGUAAGAUCUCCGACAAGCCCAUGCUUGCAGAUUCGGCUGCGUUGCUUUGGAUGGUCGAGGGUGAUCGGCACUUGAGGGUACACAAGGGAUUCCUUUACAUAUACGAUGGCGAUGGUUGUUUUCAGCCAUUCGGCGGCAUCCCGCCAGAGGCCGUGCUCCAUCGGGUCCACGACUUCUUUGUCUACCUGGAAGGCAUCCUCCGGCGCAUGAAGCCAGAGAACAGCCGCAGAGCUGCCUCUGUCGCCCGUGCCAUUGUUUCCGAUUUACAAAGCUUCGAGACCGAAGAUGAUUUCCUACAAGCAUGUAGAGACGCAGUGAACAGGCGUAGCACGACUGCAGCUUACCCCUCUAGGCUAGAUGCAGCUGAUGAUGAGGUGGCGAACCAAGCGCAAGCCGAAGCAGCGUCCGACAAUACUUGGACCAUAGACGCGGCAGAAAAGUCAUGGAAACUAUCAUGGCACAUCAGGACUGAGCUGAUGCAGACUCGGAUGAUUUCUCUGUUGGUCGAAUGGUGCGAAACAGAAGACCAAAGAUCAUCUUCUGUCACCUACGACGACGUAUGCUUCGUGUACGAUUCGCCAGGAUCAGAUAGUCCGAUCGAUGUGGUCAAAAAGAGUCCAGCCAACAACUGCUAUGUUCGCAUCCCUCAUCCUUUGCUGGAUCCAGUUAUGGAGAACAACUUGGAGCGUCUCGAGAAGUUCUACCAGCAGACAUUCUGGUGCAAUCUAGAUGUCUUCAAGUGCUUCCAAGCAGCCACGGCUAUCGCCAAGCGCGGAUACAAUGUGGACAGAUGCUUCAUUGGCAUAUCACCUGGAGGAGUGGGGCAAAGUUUAUAUUCGUUGCAUCUAUCCGAGAUGUAUAAGCAAAACCAUACCUUUUUCGACCCCAACAUAUGGCACCUCGACGAAGAGCUUCGCAAGCAGGUGGAAACGUUUGCACGAUGUUUCAUUAUGACAGGCCAGGAAGCACCGGAGACCAGCAAGAAACUGCAUAUCGAUCUCUACAAGAAAACUAUAUCAGCUGACGGAAUCAUGGGAAGAAAGCCGUACGGCUACACCACUCGCAUGUUCCACACGGUCGGAUGGACUAGACUUGAAGUGAAUCGCAUGAUGCAGUUUGCCGGCGUUAAGAGCAGCGGUUUCAAUUCGAUGUUCAGGAGAGCUUUUGUGUGGAAAUCCAAAGCUCGGUUCAUCCACAAGAAGUUCUUAGCGAAGUACAUCGAUCAUGAGAAGGACGGAAUCUUCGAAGCAGACCCCAGUCUGAACAAGUUUUUGUCCACAUCUCAGGCCUCCAUUGCAGGAUUGCGGUUGCAGUGGGCGUUUGAACGGGAUUACAGCAAGGACGACUGCUAUCAGCUGAUAGAAAACUACUGCAAUGGUGGAGACGGUUUCUUGACUGAGGAUGUCAUGCGAAAUGCAUGUGGCUUGCCUGUGCGACAAAGACAUCAGCAAGUGGAAGAAGGUCUCGGCAACUUGCUCGAUGGCGAUGCUGAUAGUAAUGCAGAAAGGGAAGAUCGGGACAUCAGCUGGAAAAAUCUCAGAAGCUCGGUGAUACAGCACAUGCUCGACAAAGACCUCGAAGUCAUGACGUUCUAUGAGUUCAAAAAAAUGCCUUGCAAAGCAGGAGAACAUCCGAACCUGUCGAAGCAGGCCAUGUGGGACGAAAUGCCCAAGCAAGAGGUGGUUCGCACUGGCAUCGCGAAGCCGAAGACGGGCAAAGAAAGACCUGGUGCUAUCAUUCCUUCGUUCAUCUUCAAAAAGAAGUUUCACGAAGUAUGUCCUCAAACUGAAGCGGGCCAGGUUAGAAUGCAGUUCCAGGAAGAACAUGAUCUAGGCCGGCUUCGAAGCUACGCUUACAGAUGUGGAGGCAGAUCCAUCAACGAUGACAACAUGAAGAUGUACUACACAGCGAUGUUGCCUGCUUCAAAACGAGGACGAAGAAGUCUGGAACAGGAUGAACUUACGACGAAGUACCAGAAACUCAUCCAGAAGCUCGAGGACCAUUCCGAACACGUGACUUCUCUGCUAUCGUCGCAAAAGAGACGCAUCUUGGCGAAGACGUCAGUGAAUGAAGAUGGGAACGCUGCCGUUUCGUCAUCAUCCAUGUCGGCUACAUCGGUUGAGUACAAGUAUUCUGACAAGCAGAACUACAGCAUCCAUGGUCGUCGGUACGGCCCGAAGGGCAGUGCUCAGAGCACAUCCCGUCGCUUGCAGAAGUAUCUUGUAGACGGUCACACCGUUGAUCUGGACAUCCACAACUGCUGCUUGACGCUGAUCCAUCAACUUCUGCAGAAACUUAGUCCUGAUCCUCCCUUGGCUGAUGACCUUGCAGAAGUACUUGACGAAGUCACCCACAGACGUGCAGACUUUGUGGCCAAGCUGAAUGUGCAGAUUUCCGAAGGCAAAGACAUUAUCACUACCGUUUUCAACGGUGGUGCUCCACCAGGAAAGCUGAAAGACAAUCAGCUCAUCAAGAAGCUACAAAAGAUUGCAUUGUAUGUUCGAUGGGUGGCGUGCAAUAUUCUUCACGACGACUACAUGAGCUUGGCCGACAACAAGCUGAAGUCUUUCCCUUCUGCCACCAUCAUGUCUCUCAUGUGGCAUGCAGUCGAAGACAGUAUCCUCCAGGCUUGGUCCGAGCACGUUCUGAUGGACAAUCCCAAGCACUUGUCGCUGCACUUCGACGGCAUCCGGGUGUCGGCUGACAAGGUUCAGAACUCGGAGGACUACAUUCGGAAAUGCCAAGCCGCCGUCAAAGACAGGACUUCCUUCGACGUGAAGAUCAUGGUUAAGACACAUGGAUCGUUAAUAGAUCUAAUUCAAACUCGUGGAAACGUUGCGAACAACCUGACGAACGUGCCCGCAAAGCUUCUGGAAGCUGGCAAUUGCAUUCCAUGCAGUUUGUGGCAUUCGGAUCCCUUGUCCAGAACGACUGUGGCCGCUGCAGUACUUGACGAUGACAAGGCAGAAAAUGCAGAGGCCAAGAAAACCAGGUACAGAACCUAUCGUUCGGUUGCCACCAUGUGUGGUCUCGACAUCGUAAGCUGUCUUGGUCUGCCCCAGCCCCAUGUGAAAACCUUUCUGUUGCAUUACGAAGGGAACGGAUCGCCACAUUGCCUGUCGGUCCGGCUGGAAGGCGACACAGCUACCUUGAUCGAUGGCAACGUCGUAUACAAGAUUCCCGUAGGUGCCUUCCAGGAAGCUUGUGCUGCAGCUGUGGAUCGAUCAACUGUCGUUUCACAUUGGAAACGCGACGCGAAAGAUAAGCUCGAUGACAAGUCUACAUUGUUGUUGGACUUGGUCGCAGGUGCUACCUCUGGCACAUCCGACGAGGAGACAGACAUGGACAUCGACAAGGGCUUUGGAAAAAUAACACACGAUGAUGAAGACGAAAACACUCCUGUCAUAUCUGACGGGAUUCUUCAGUCACUCUGUCAAGAAGUGGAGGACGUUCUGGACAAGUUGAAGGAAAAUUCGCUUCGACAGGGCGGUCGGAGACAUUGUCCAUUUUGUUUGUUUCGUUCAUUUGCUCAACUGCGACAACUACGGACACACAUGACCAACCACCACACCGAGAAGAAUCAGUACGUCUGUUCUGGUACGAAGCAGAUCAAAGUCAUCCUGUCACUGUACGACCAUGGUGCUUCAUCACAAAGCAGAGUGGAAGAGCUUCUACAAUCCAGUGCAUCGUUGUUGCGAGCCACCAUCCAGCCAUCACUGGAGUCUAACCGCAACUCCAUCGACAAAAAAAUACGAUUGAUCUUGGAUGCCACUGGUCCUCGGUAUGUGAAUCUGGAAAGUAUCGGUACAACAAUAAAAGCCAGAAGAGUGAAGAACAUGUACUACACGCACUCCUUUGCGGAUUUGCUGCUACGAGAGAUGGUACUUGGUGCGGACGCUGGCUACACGGUGUCACAUCGAGGCUCUGAAGAUAUCACCACGUCCGAAGCUUUCAAGAACAAGAUGGAGCAGAUGCUUACGGCUUUCUCCAAGCACGAUGAGUGGCAUUACAUCAGCAUGGAUGCCACUCUCAAGUUGUGCAUGAAAAUCAUGGGACAGGCUCCUUACAGAGCUUCCAAGCAAGUUCGGAACGACGCUCCGUUCGGGGACGACGUGGCAUGGCGGCGGCUCUUGACCGUGCGGGGUCGCACCGGAGCUGUCCUUCUCAUGGAACCUCUUCCAAAGGAAUCAUCGGACUACAUCGUCGGCGCCAUCUCGGAUAACUUUUCGGAAGCUCAACUCGUCUCAGUGCACUAUGUAGGAACAGACAGUCCAUCGGAAAAGCUGUAUACAGAAUUACGGUCUGUAUGCCCGAAUUUGCGAGCGCUCAUGCUGGACCCCAUUCAUCUUGCCAUUGUAUAUGAGUACGGGUUCUGGAAUAAGAAGAGUCCUGGCUCCAAGAAGCUGCGACACAUCCUGCGAAAGUGCACGGCCGUCGACGAAAGGGUCGAUGCAAGACACUGGCUUGCAUUCUACGACGGUGCAAUGGCCAGGCCAUUGAACGAGGAGGAGGUGAAGUAUCGUGAUAUGAUAUUGGAUUUCUCCAUGUCAGAGCGUGACGCCAGCAGCAUCCUGGAUCAUGUACAAGAGGAUCAACCUUUCCUCCACAGACUUGAUUUCAUAAAAUCGAUUGCUGCCCUAUGCCGACGAUACAAAGGCGAGGUCGUCCGGAAGGCUCCUGGGCCUAACAAAGAAAUAUAUCGCAUUUUGUGGUCUGCGUGCGCACCAGAUCGGGUGGAAUGGCUGAUGAACAAUGUGAGAGUGCGGCACUCUAUGCAUGCAUCAUACUUAUGGUUCCUUCCGAGCGGCACUGCCAGUAAUGAGGCCUUGCACGCAGAAGUUAACUCAUGGACGCGGAGCAUUAACGUGAUGCACCGGUCCACACUCGCUUUGAAGCUUCGUUAUUUCAAGUAUAUCAAGAUGCUCACUCACUACCUCGCGACAGAGCAUCCUAUGUCGCAUGUGGUUAGUGCCAACAUGCUGAUAGGUAGAUCGCUGCAUGAGUCGCUGUGGAGCGUACCCGAAUGGGAUGCGUGGUGCAGCGAGCAGCACACGGAUGGAGUGCAGAGCAAAGCUCGACUUCAACUUGCCAAGUCCAGGCAAUCCGAAGUCAAAUUGGUGCGGAACUGGGCUAUGAAGACUAUGAAGAAGCCCGCUGCGAAAUCUUCCAAGCCUCAGAAGAGGCGAGGGCGUGUGACUCCUUUGUCAGUCAGACGCAUGCACACAUUACGUACAGCAGGUGUGAAACAGUCUGGCUCUGACUAA